AUGAAAAUAAUAGUUUAAUCUGCAAGACUUCCUUCCUCACCAAUUUUUCAUAGAAAGAAGCCUACUGAACUUUAAAAUCCUUUAGAUAAUUUAGUUAGAGUGUAAUCACCAUGUGGAAGUACAACAAAUAAUGCAUUUGGAAGAUGUCCUACAGUGAAGACUUUGAAUAGUGAUAGAGAUCCAGUUGAGCUUACUAUAACAUUGUUGUUGAAUGGUUAGAAGUAAAAGGAAUGAAUGAAAAUAGAUUGAUUGUACCUAUUGGAAUACAUUAAACCACCACUGAUUUAUAUAAGAAAUUAAUUGGGAAAGUGAAUUAAGUUAAUCCUACAAUAGUGAAUUAAAUAAAACAUUUUCAAACGCAUAGUAGUUUUAAGAAUUACAAUAUUGAUUACUAUUUAUCCCUUGAGCAUCAUCCAUUAGAUGUAUUUAUAGAAUAAAGACAUUUGAAAUUGGAACCAUAUAUUUCAAAAAGUGUAAAUAACUAAUUGAGUAUUGAUGAUUUUGAGAUAUUAAAAUGCAUAGGAGUUGGGUAUUAAUUUCAAAAUAAAAAAACUAAGCGGUUUUUCACGUGUAUAUUUAGUUAGAAAGAAAGAUAGUGGAUAUUUUUAUGCGAUGAAAUUGAUUGACAAAAAUUUUAUUUUGAAUUCAAAUAAAGAGAUAAUAAUAAAUAAUGAAAGAUAAGUGAUGGAAUAAUUGAAUUCUCCAUAUUUAGCAAAAUUAUUUUAUUCUUUUGAAACUAAGUAUUAUUUAGUCUUUGUUUUGGAGUAUAUUAAAUUGAUCUUAUAAAUAGAUACUGUGCAGGAGGUGAACUGUUUUAUCAUUUACGUAAAUUAAGAAGAUUAAAUGAAGAAUUAGCAAAAUAAUAUUUUGUAUAGGUUUGUUUGGCAAUAUAGGAAUUGCAUAAAUAUGGAGUUGUUUAUAGAGAUAUUAAGCCUGAGAAUAUUUUAUUAGAUUUAGAUGGAUAUAUUCAUUUAUCUGAUUUUGGAUUAGCUAAACCAAAUAUGGAUAGAGAAGAGACAGCUUAUUCAUUUUGUGGUUCUCCAGAAUAUAUGUCACCUGAAAUGCUUAUGAGAAAUGGACAUAAUUUUAUGGUAGAUAUAUAUUGUUUGGGAGCAUUACUUUAUGAAUUUAUUUGUGGAUCACCUCCUUUUUAUAGUAGAAACAUCGAUCAAAUUUAUAAUAGCAUAUUAAAUGAUAAAAUUUAAUUUCCAUCUUAAUUAGAAAUUAAUUAAGAUCUAAAAGAUUUAAUUUCUAAAUUAUUAAUCAAAGAUCCAUAGAUACGUUUAGGAGCUAAAAAAGGUAUCUAAGAAAUACUUUAACAUAAAUGGUUUAAAGGAUUUAAUUUAGAGGCAUUGUAAAAAAGAAAACUGAAUGUAAGUUAUCGUCCAAAACCAUUAAGUUAUAAUUUUGAUGAAGUUGAAUUUAGCAAAGGAGACACAGAAUUCUAAAAAAAAUUAUAAGAAAAUUUGAGAAAAGAAAAAUAAGUUAAUUAUUUAUUAAUAUUUAUAGACUAAAUUUUCUCGUUAUUUUCCAAAUUUCGAAUAUAAAAAUCAAAAAAUUCAUGAUAGUAGACAAACCUUAUUAUAGCUAUUGUUAAAACAAUAAUAAAUAUAAGGAUUAUAAGGAUUACCAAAACCAUAAUAAAGAACUUAAAUUGCCUUAUCUCCUGUUUCAUAGGUCAAAGGAUUAUCUAAUAUUAAAGCAUUAACUUAAAGCUCUUUUAAGUAAGCAUCAUAAUGUAAACGCUUUAAUACUGAUAUUGAUAUAAGCAAAAUGAUUAAGAAUAUGUGA